AUGCGGCGCAGUCUCAUCCUUCGACACCCGCGGGUGAAUUCGGCCGCGUACAGGUGUUUCCUGCACGCGCUUCGCCAGUGUGGUGUGAACUACACUUCUAUUCUGCCCGAAAACCCCUCCGGCGACCUCUCUCAUACGGCCGCUGCGCCGUUUUCCCCGCUCUUCACGACACAGUUUGACGCGCACCAUCACCAGCUGACCACCUUAGGGGACGCCCUUGUCGACCGUUACUUGUCAGCUGCCGUGCUGAAGUACUGCUGUCGCCGCAACAUCACACUCACCACCAACGCUGCGAGUGAGCUCAACGCUGUUCUUCACAAUCAUUUCACUUUGCGGCUUUUCGCCAAGGAGCUGCACUUCGAGGCGAUGGGGAUGACCUGCGAUGAGGGCGAUGGCGAGUCAUGCGAUUCGUCUGCCACACCUCCCCUGUAUUUUCUCCAGGCGGAAACGGCGCCGAUAAGAAAGCAGGACGUGGCGGGAACGUCGUAUCAGGUGGCACUGCUCCCUUGUGGGCAGAGCUCGCUUGGAUGGAAGUUCUCACAGUUCGUCGGCGCGGUGCACCAGAGUAUGGGACUAGAGGCGGCCACACGCGUGCUGGAGCACGUGUACCAGCUGCAGGAUGAGCCAAACGUGCCGAGCCGAGCCUCCAAGUUGCUGCUCGGCGUACUAGAGCACUUUCCGGCGCUGAAUGUGGCGGAAGCAAUCCUGGCCGUACAAGGGCUAUCGGUACACUACACUAGCCGAUCUCGCGUGCUGCCCAGCGAGUGCGAGGAGCCUCCAAAGCCCUCGUGCGCUGCUCAAGCCUCGUCGUCGGAUAGGCCACCGCCAGCCGAUGGCGCUGGCGUUGGUGACGGCCGUGUAGGCGAUGCCGAUGAGCUUUCUAUUGUCGCAGGCUUUAGUGCCACUCGCACGGAGGCGAAACAGCUCACUCUGGAGUCCCUGACUGGAGGCUCACUACUCUCCAGCAGUUUGGCCAAUGGUCCUGGUCUGAUCGACGCUGUCGACAUGUGGCGUCGCCGCACACGGGAGCUCGUAGCCCGACAGUUUGAGCCCGCGCACGGGGCAUCUGCGGCGUUGGCACCUUCCUCUCCAGCGACGGACGGUUGGCUGUCUCCGCAGGAGCGGUCCGUGUAUGAACGUGGACCUGCCUUUGCAGGCUGGGUAGAUGUUGCCUCGACCCCGUUCUUCGCCGAUAUCUACGGAACUUCCCAGCCGGAGGACGGCCACAUUGUGCGCCGCACAAAGUUCAAAAAACAGGUGCGUGACCCCCGGUUCUACGACAAGAUGUCGGACGCGCGCAACGGUGUGCCGUUCGACACAAACGGUGAACCGCUGACGGAGUACCUUGACGGCUUUGAAAAGCGCCAUCAGCGUAUCUUUGAGGUGACGAUGCAGGCCGUCGCCGGAGGCGAAAUGAAGCUCAUCGGCCGCGCCAUCUCUUCGCGCUACACCACUGCCCGGGAGAGCGCAUGCCGAGCGUUUAUCGGCGGCGUGCUCCAUGAUGUUCUCACUCUAGCGGGCACCUCCUCUGCGGUCGGAGCCGCCACAGAGCCAGACAACUAA